GGCCCUGCACUGGAAGACUUCAGCCAUCUCCCUCCAGAACAAAGACGCAAGAAACUGCAGCAGAGAAUCGAUGAACUUAACCGAGAACUACAGAAGGAAACAGACCAAAAAGAUGCCCUCAUCAAGAUGAAGGAUGUUUAUGAAAAAAAUCCCCAGAUGGGUGAUCCAGGCAGUUUGCAACCAAAAUUAACCGAGACGAUGAGCAACAUGGACCGUCUUCGGAUGGAAAUACACAAGAAUGAGGCCUGGCUGUCUGAAGUUGAAGGGAAAGUAGCAGCCAGAAGCGACAGGCGGCACAGCAGUGAUAUCAACCACCUUGUGACACAGGGCAGAGAGAGCCCUGAAGGGAGUUACACGGAUGAUGCAAAUCAGGAAGUCCGAGGUCCGCCCCAGCAACAUGUGCAUCCUAACGAGUUUGAUGAUGAGUUUGAAGAUGACGAUCCAUUACCAGCCAUAGGACAUUGCAAGGCAAUAUAUGCUUUUGAUGGUCAUAAUGAAGGCACUCUAGCAAUGAAAGAAGGGGAAAUUCUGUACAUUAUUGAAGAGGACAAAGGAGAUGGGUGGACAAGAGCUCGAAGACAUAAUGGAGAGGAAGGCUAUGUGCCAACAUCAUAUAUAGAUGUAACACUAGAGAAAAACAGCAAAGGUUCCUGAAGCGGGUUUCUGAGAAAAUGGGCGAGAUCUUGAAGGAGGUUACAUGCAGCUGCUGGGGGGGUGGGUGGGGGUGGGGUACUAGACUGGGAGGCCCAAGGGGAAAAGCUAGUUGCAUGAAUGCAUGCAUACAUACAUUUAGUCACUAACAUCUUAGCAUCUCCAUGCAUAGGUAAGGAUGUAUUACAAAUUCUUCGAUUUGUGCAGGAAAAUAGAGUUCCAUUACCAGAGUAAAAAGGCUACUGCUCC